AUGACAUGUUUGGUCUCCAGGUUGGUCGCAUCCUCAUUCAACACUUUAAAAUGUCCAACCAUGUCAAAUUAUAAUAGUAACUUACUUUUCAAUACUCAAGUAUCAUAUGAAGAUACCAAUGGUGCAUUUGAAACUGUUGAUACUUCAACAAAUCCAUUCACAACUCCACAACCAGAGGCACCAGUUGUAAUUCACAAGAUUUCAUCACCAUCUGCCUACCCAUCGGUACCACAAGAAUACUCUCAAACCAAGGUACCAGUUGCACAACCAAGUCAACCAACUCCACACAACUCUUUAAAUAAUAUGGAUAUUAAUAGAAUGAGCACAAGUGUACAAGGAAUGAAUUUAAAUAAUAGUGGAAAUGGUAUUAAUAAUAGUAAUAGAGUCAAUAGCACUACAAUGUCAAGUGUACCAAGAAGUGUCAUUGAGAUCAGUGUCAAGGAUCCAGAAAAGAUGGGUGACAGCAUGAACUCUUAUGUCAAAUACAAGGUUGUCAGUGUUCAUCACAUGACCGAUCGUCCAGACUUUAAAAAGGAAGAUGAAAAAUACAGAAGAUACUCUGACUUUUUAUGGUUACGUAAUGUUUUAAAGGAUACUAGAAGAGGUGUCAUUAUUCCACCUUUACCAGAAAAAGCUAUUAUUAAUAAAUUCAAUAAAGAAUUUAUUGAACAACGUAGAAGAGAAUUGGAAAAGUUCUUGAAUCGUAUUGCCGAGAGUGAAUCAUUGGUUCAUUCAUCAGAGUUUACCGUCUUUUUGACUGGAGAUGAUCAAGCCAUGUUACAAGCCAAGAACAGUCGUCCAGUCAACGACAUGGAGUCAAGCCAAAUCGUCUCACCACCACCCCAACAAGAGAACAAGGGUUUUGGCAAGAUCUCAUCCUUCUUUUCCAACACUGUCAACUCGGUCACCAACAUGCAACACUCUGUCAAAGAGGUUGACCCAUGGUUUGAUGACAAGAAGAACUACAUUCAACAACUCGACACCAACCUCAAGAAGCUUGAAGAGUGCGUCUCGCUCGUCAUCAAGAAGCGUAAAGAGUUGGCAUUUGCCCUCUCUGAAUUCACCACUGCCGGUUUGACAUUCUCGAGUGGCGAGAUUGCCCAAAGCCAAGACAUUGCCAACUCGUUCCAACGUAUGACACAGGUACAACUCGGUGUCUCCAAGGGUAUGGAAGAGUUGAGCAACAAUGAAAAGGGAUACUUUGAAGAUGGUAUCGACGAUUAUGUCCGUGUGAUUAGCGCCGUCAAGGAAUUGAUCAACGAUCGUUUGGACGCCUUGUUGGCCGUCCAAAAUGCCGAGCGUACACUCGACUCUAAAAAGGAAAAGUUUGAAAAGGGUAGAGGCACUGCCAAGGCCGACCAAUUGAACCGUGAGGUCGAAGAUGCCAGCCGUAAGCUCAGUGAAGCCAAGUCGGAAUUUGACCGCAUCACCGCCACCAGCAAGGUCGAACUCCAACGUUUCGACGCCAAGAGAAACUAUGAAAUGAAGCGUAUCAUCAACUAUGUCAUUCGUCUCAACCUCGAUCACUAUCUCAAGGCCUCUGAUCUCUGGAGACAAUUCCUCACUGAACAACAUCAAAAUGGUGAUCCAAACUUUGAAACCAAUAAGGCUUCAUGGGGUUCUUCAACCAUUUAA